GAAAUAUACAAUAACUAAAUCAUUCUUCUAAUAAUAUGCUGUCAAGAAAUGUUUGACAUGACAUGAUGACAGAAUCAGAUGUCGUUGCGCCAUAGACCAAGCUACUUAUAACCUAUUUCCACAAUGUUUACAAAUUGUUUACCACCAAAAUGUUGUUGUAUACCGUGGUGAGUGCGGCCCGGCGGGGCGCGCCAUGCCCCCGCGGCCCCCGCGCCCCCCGCUGUCCCCCGCGCGGCGCCGUAUGCUGGCGGAGGCGGCGCUGCGGCUGCUGCUGGUGGCGCUGUUCCUGUUCCUGAACACGUGCGUGCAGCCGGCGCGGCGCGACGUGGCGGCGGCGCUGCGGGGCGGCGCCUGCAGCCGGCCGCGCCGCCACUCGCUCGUGCCGCCCGCGCUGCUGCUGCCGCUGCUGCUGCUACCGCCGCUGGCCGUGGUGCUGCUGCCGCCCGCCCUGGGCGCGCGCGGCGACGUCACGCCCGCGCUGCUCGCCUGGACGCUCGCCAUGUCCGCCAACGCCGUCGCCACGGAGGCGCUGAAGCUGUCCGUGGGACGGACGCGGCCCGACUUCCUCUACCGCUGCUUCCCGGACGGCCGGCCGGCGGCGCACGUGCCCCCGGGCCGCGCGCGCGCCGAGGCCGAGGGGCGCAAGUCCUUCCCGAGCGGACACAGCAGCUUCUCGUUCUGCUCGCUCGGGUUCGUGAGCCUGUACGUGUGCGGGCGGCUGGGCGCGCGCGGGGCGGGCGCGGGGCGCGGGGCGCGGCUGGCGGCGGGCGCGGGGCCGCUGGCGCUGGCGGCGGCGCUGGGGGCGAGCCGCUGGGUGGACCACCACCACCACGCGGGCGACGUGGCGGCCGGCGCGGCGCUGGGCCUGGCGCUCGCCGCCGCCUGCUACCGCCGCUACUACCCACCACUAUACUCAGACAGGGCCGGGAUACCCUACGAACUUGACGAAGAUUAAGAAAAACAUUGAAGUAAUUUCUCGUAUGUACCUACCUGCUUUUUUAAUUGUAAUAUAUUAUUGAACUCCC